AUGGCAGGCGUGGCCGCAACGCGAGCGCAUACCAAUAUUCAAGCACGCAUCUUGGAUCACCGUGCCUCGGGCCAAUGGACCGAGGCGCUGUCUUGCUAUGAACAGGCACUGCAAGAGGCACCCAGCUUGGGCCUAUAUUGUGGCAUGCUUGAGUGCCAGCUAAAUCUGGGUCAUUACCAGACCGUGUGUGCAAACUCUUUCGGCCUCGAGACGCGUUUUCCGGCCUGGGCUGACAACGUGCGCGCCUAUCGCGUGGAGGCCGCCUGGAAGCUUGGGGACUGGGACCAACUGCACCAGACACUCGAAGACCAUGCUGACCGCAUGCUGGCACCGCAUCACCCUUCAAAAAGGAUUGCAUCCUUGAACAAUGGAACCCAAGGGACCUCGCCCGUUACUCAAGGCCUGGCUCAAGUGGAUGGGGAGCUCAAUCUGCGUUUGGGUCAGCUGCUGGACGCCGUGCGACAACAAAAGAUGGAAUCGUUGAGUGAGAGCAUUCAAACUGCCCGUGAUGGGGUCGUUGCGCCAUUGAUUACCCUGGCCCGUACGCAAGGGUCUUACCAACGCAUGUAUCCCUAUCUCCUUCAAUUGCACGGCCUCCAUGAGGUGGAGGGCGCCGUUCACCAGCUUCUGGGCCCAGAGCGGCUGGGGCCACGCCCAGCCCAGCGCUUGGAGGAGUUGAACACACGUUGGCAACGUCGUUUGGUGCUGGCGGAUAACACGUUCAAGUCAAAAGACUUUUUGCUCUCGCUGCGUCGCUCGGUGUUGCAAAUGCUUUACACCUCAGUGCGAGGCCUGGUCGACACGGCUGUGGCGAGCACUUGGGAGCUGACAGCGCGCCAUGCGCGCAAGGCCGGCCUGCUUGACACAGCGUACACGGCACUGCUGCACGUGGACAGUGAUUGCGCCCCUGGGGCAUUGCUUGAGCACGCGCGCCUACUGUGGGACACUGGGCGCAAUCAUGAAGCCAUCCAUCAACUUUCGCGUGAGAUUGGUCAGCCUAAUCUGUCGAGUGACAAGGAGCAGCACGAUGCAGCCUCGUUGCUUGUGGGCGAGUGGAUGCUCUCCACGACCAGCCAUUCGAUUGAUGUGGUGCGCAGCUAUCUACAAAAGCUAGUCAAAAACUGCUCGAGCCUAGAGAAGAGCCACUACCUGUACGCCUCGUACUUGGAUUCGCUGCUCAGUCGACGAAGCUUGCCUGAGCAUGAACUCUUACCUACCAUCAUUGAGCAGUAUGCCAUGGCCGUUGAACGAGGCUUCAAGUAUACGUAUCACGCCCUGCCGCGCCUCUUGACACUGUGGCUCGAAUACGGGUCGCGCCUACCCGCACUUGAGUCACAGCGCCUGAGUCAGACCAUCGAGGACGGCCGCCGACUAUCGGCACAUGCAUUGCGCAAGGGGGAUGAGCACAUUCUUAAGAAGAUCAGUGGUUUGGUGGGCUACGCCUCGCAGCGCAUUAGCGCACAGCAGCUCUUCACUUGCUUGGAACAGCUGAGUACACACUUGACACAUGUCAACCUGCACGUAUUUGAGCAAGUGUGCAGCAUUAUCAUUCGUGUGGUGCGAGCCUUUCCCCACCAGUCAUUGUGGCUGCUACUCUCCAACUGGCACUCGCAGUUUCAGUUUCGCAUCACCCGCUUCAACGGACUCGUUGAUCGUCUCAAGAUUGAGUUGGCGGACUCUGACCAAAGCCUGCUCAGCAUUUACUUGAAGAUUAGCAAGGCGUUGAUUGGCCUCUGCAAUCAAAAAGUGACGGCCACGCAACGCCAAAUCAAGCUUUCCAAAGUGGCCCCGGACUUGGCAGGGCGCAGGGCGUGGAAUACAGUUCUUGUGCCCACCAGCAAGGCCACCACCAUCAUGCUACCGGCCUCGACGGACCCCAAUAACAAGACAGCGCCCUUUCCAGACGAAUUGCCAUACAUCGAGAGCUUUGAAUCGACGGUGGUCAUUUAUCCCAGCAAGCAGCAGCCCAAGCGUAUUUUCAUCCGCGGCACCGAUGGCCACAAGCACCAGUUUCUUUGCAAGCAAGACGAGGAUAUUCGCAAAGACAGCCGAUUCCUAAAUCUUUGCACCGUCGUGAACAAGUUUUUGCGCGCGGACCCUGAUUCUCUGCAGCGUGAUCUCUUCAUCCAGACUUACGGCGUUUGGCCGUUGAGCGAGGUGACGGGCAUGAUUGAGUGGGUUCCCAAAUGUACCACAAUCCGUGACGUGUUAUCCACGUUGUAUCGAGCCAAGAAUUUGGCCAUGCCCGGUCGUGAGCUUCGGCGUCUAGCCAAGCCUGAGACGCAUGCCGAUAAGGGCUACAACGAGGUGGACAUUUUUGAGAAGGUUCUGAAAGCACGGCAUCCACCAGUUUUGCGAGAAUGGUUUAUCAAUCAGUUUCCUGACCCCACCAGCUGGUACAGUGCUCGAACGCGCUUUGCUCGCUCAUCUGCCGUCAUGUCCAUGCUCGGGUACGUUGCACACGCAUUGGGUCUGGGCGACCGGCACUACGAGAACAUCAUGCUUGACACCACAGAUGGAAAGGUGAUGCAUGUAGACUUUGACGUCAUUUUUGAGAAGGGAAAGACGCUUCGUGUCAAGGAGCGCGUGCCCUUCCGGCUGACACACAACAUGACGGACGCCAUGGGCGCAACCGGGCAUGAAGGAACCUUUCGCAAGUGUUGCGAGAUCAGCAUGCGUGUGCUGCGGGAGCAGCACGUAUCCAUCAUCAAUGUUUUGGAGAUGAUGCUUUAUGCUCCCCUUUUGGAAUGGGACCGGCACGACAACCAUGGAGGGAAGACCAAGCACCAAUUCUGGAAUGAACUGCACAGCACGGAAGGCCAGCGCGUGAUAGAAACAGUGCGGCUAAAGUUGCAGGGUCAGAUGGGUGAUUCAACCCGACUCAUCCCAAUGUCCAUCGAGGGCCAGGUGGAUGAGCUGAUUCAAGAGGCCACGGACCCCAAACGUUUGGCAUUAAUGUACAUUGGCUGGGCUCCCUACAUGUAG